GGGCCGUAUCACGCCGCGCUGGUGUCGGGCCUCGGGGACGUCUACACCUGGGGUGCCAAUUUCUUCGGUCAGCUAGGCAGGGACUAUUCGAGGCUCUGGUCUCUGCCAUCAGAGCUGCACCUGCCAAACGUCUUCGUCGUCUCUGCGUCCUGCGGGGGGAUGCACACUCUGCUGCUGUCUAAAGAGGGAAAGGUCUUCUCAUUCGGAGAUGGCGCGAACGGGCGUCUUGGGCACGGCAACUGUCGAAAUUAUUCGCUUCCUCAGCCCAUCGCCUCCCUUGAAAGUAAGAGGAUCACCUUCAUCGCUGCGGGGUGGACGCAUUCGAUGGCGAUCGACGACGAUGGCAAGCUUUUUACGUGGGGAUGUGGAAACGCGGGAAGGCUGGGGCAUGGCAACGUCCUGGAUGUCUGGAGGCCGAGAUUCGUCGAUCGCCUUUACAGAAUCAGGAUGAAAGCGAUGAUGGCUAGCGGGUCAUACGAUCACUCCGCUGUCUGUUGUGAGAAUGGAACGGUCUGGACCUGGGGUUUGGGCGAGCACGGCCAACUUGGAGUCGGUUCCACAGAAUCGCACUUGGAACCCGUCCUCGUGAAGUCCAUGGCCGAUGCAAACCUUCACAUCGUUGAAGUAUCUUGCGGAGGGGCGCACACGGCUGCCGUUACAAAUGACGGGACUUUGCUCACAUGGGGAAGGGGUGACUGGGGUCAACUCGGCCAUGGGAAU